AUGUCACCUGCCCCGCGGGGUCGCUACAGCAGCUCGCACGCGGCGGAGAUCGAGGCGGACUGCGCCGCCCUCGAAGAUCACGGUCUCGCCGCGCCGGAGGACUCGCAUAAUCUGCAGCACCACGCCGGCAUGAACGGUGCACAGCAUUAUGACCACCGCAGCGCUGGAAAACUGAACUUUGAUGCCUCGAAGGCAGGGCUUCAGCAGGUGGAUAAAGACUACGUCGAGCACGUCAUUCAGGAGGCGUCGAAGGGAUCUGCUUUCUACCAAAAGGAGCAGCGGCUCGAGGAGACGCGGCGUCGCAAGGCCGAGGAGCUGCAGGAGAAGGCCAAGACAUUCGACUCCAUCAGCGCCGCCGAGAAGCAGAAGAUCAAGGCCAUGGUGGAUGCCAUGGUGGACGAGCUCGAGGCGACGCGCGAUCUCCGGCGCCGGUACAUCCACAUCGACAUGGACAUGUUCUACGCUGCGGUGGAAGAGAAGAAGACGCCGUCCCUGAGAGGCAAGCCCUUCGGCGUCGGCUCUCAGCAGAUGCUCUCCACGACGAACUACAUUGCGCGGCAGUACGGUGUGCGCUCUGGCAUGCCCGGCUUCAUCGGCAAGAAGCUCUGCCCCGAGCUCAUUAUCGUCCCGAACGACUUCCCAGCCUACCAGCGAGAGGCGGCGCGGGUGCACAGCAUUGCCUCCCGCUACGAUGCGCAGUUCGUCAGCGUCGGCCUCGAUGAGCUGACGAUGGACGUGACAAAGUACCUGCAGGAGUUCCCGGCUGUGUCAGCCUCCGACAUCGCCCACGACUUCCGCAAUGAGGUGUUCAUCAAGACACAGCUCACAAGCAGCGGCGGCAUCGGACCCACGUCGAUUCUCGCGAAGAUUGCGAGCAACGUCAACAAGCCGAAUGGGCAGCACGAGAUCACACUGCUGACGCGAGAGGAAGUCAUCAACUACGUGCGUGACAUUCCGCUGCGCAAGAUCCCCGGCAUCGGCUACGCGCAAGAGAUGACACUCGGUGCACUGCACAUCCACACCUGCGGCGGCCUUCUGGAGCACAAGUACCUCCUAGCCUACCUGUUCCGAGAAAAAACCCUUGCGCACUACCUCAGCGUUGGACUGGGGCUGGCAGAGACGUUCUCGCUGCGCAAGCACCAGGCACGGCAGUCGGUUGGUAAGGAAACGUCGUUUAGCGAGCCACUGCCCUCGCCAGAGGCCUUCACUCGACUCUUCCGAAAGCUGCUUGAGCAGUGCCAUGUCCGAUGCGUUCGUGAUCACCUGCAGCCUCGCAAGAUGACACUGGUUCUCAAGUAUCGCACCUACGACACGGAGCAGUUCAGUGUGACGCUCUCGAGCCACACAAACGACCUCAAGGUGUGGCUCGAGGCCUCGCAGAAGCUGCUGGAGCCGCAUCUUCUGCACUACGCCGAGUUCCGCCUGGUCGGCGUCCGCCUGCAGCGCUUCACAGAUACGGAUGAUGACCACACUGGCCUUAACAGCACCCGCGAUGCCCUGACCGGCGCCUUGACAGAGCCGCUUCAAGUGAAUGACGACUUAGACAUGGACGCCGAUGACGCCGACCGUGACGCUGAGAAGAGCGGGGUAGCUGCGGCGCAGUCAGACCUGUAUGGGGAGACGCCGGCGCAGCCUGCAGCAACGCACAAGCGCAAGAUUCCCGUCUCGAAGUUCCUGACAGAUCCAAACAUCCCGAAAGCCUGCCCUCCGGAGCCUGCUGCAGCCCCCGCCAAAGCCGUCAAGCCGGCUCGCAAGCGCACCAAGUCGUCCAAGCACAAGCUGCACAAAAGGAAGUGA